AUGAGCGAAGGAUCGGAGGGGGAUGGAGGUUGUGACAACAUCCCUACCUCCAGAGAUGCCGACAGCACAGUGUCCAACGGGAUGGUGGAGAGCCAGCCGCGCAGGAUUCUGUCGGACAGGUGUCCUGCGAUGGGAGUUGCAUUGGCCCCAUCUGGGGUGGAAGUGGCGAGCAGCGCCCUCUCGAUGACGGAACACAGUGGACUGCCCAUGGGAGGUACGACCCUUGCCAACGCAUUGCUUGGAAUAACACCGGAAAUUAACCAAAGGACUUCGAACGGCAGUUCUGGCAGCAAUGGUGAUUCGAUGUUGGGAAGCAUUCAUUCCACCAACUUAAACAACGGAAAAGGAGUAAAACUGGAAAACAAUCAGAACAGAGGAAAGGACUUCGUGUGCAACAUUUGUAAUCGGAAAUUCGGGUAUAAACAUGUUCUACAGAACCACGAGCGCACUCAUACGGGAGAAAAACCGUUCGAAUGCAAAGAAUGUCACAAACGAUUCACGAGGGACCAUCAUUUAAAGACGCACAUGCGUCUUCAUACUGGGGAGAAGCCUUACCACUGUAGCCACUGUGAAAGGCAAUUUGUUCAGGUCGCAAAUCUCAGACGACAUUUGAGAGUUCACACGGGGGAGCGACCUUAUGCAUGCAAGCAAUGCAGUUCCCGGUUCUCUGACAGUAAUCAGUUGAAGGCUCACCUUCUCAUUCACGAAGGCGUGAAGCCGUUCAUAUGCGAAAAGUGCCACGGCAGAUUCCGUCGGCGGCAUCACUUGGUGCAUCACAAGUGCCCGAAAGACGAGGCCAACAUCGGCAAGCCUCGAAGAGGUCGCCGUCCUAAGGCGUACGACCAGCUCUCCCCCAAUCUGCCCCUUCUCGCGCCCGAACGGAUACCCCUUCUCGCUCCAAUCAAACAGGAAAGGUUGUCCACAUCCAUGAACGAUCUCCGGCUCGGCCACAACCACACAAGGUCUCCGCCCCCGUCGGUGGCCAUGACUUCGGUCAUCACCAAGAACACUUCUCCACCCCUACCUCUGCUCUCUCCUCCUGCAGCCCACAUGCAGCAACAGGCGAGGAGGAACCACAUCCACGCGUUGCAGCAACUCGGCUUGGCAGCGCAGAGCACGAACGGCCAUUUCCAUGAUUCGGUUCAGACGGGUCCCUUGGACAUGACCGUGUCCGCUGUGCCCAGUAACUCUGUGUCAGUCAUAGUGCCUCGCAUACCUCAGCAGCAGCGUCCUUCCUAUCACAACAGCCACUCCCUGAUGGACGGGGUGCUAGACCUGUCCAACUCUCGGAGUGACUCGGAAGCUGAACCCAUCGAAGAGGAGGUGGACGAAGAAGACGACUGCAUCGACGAAGGGAUGGAUUCGGACAGCGAGGAGGACGAGCGCCACCGCCAGCACCUCCGCCUCCUCGCUUAUCCGUGGAAGGACGACGAUCUUCGUCGUCAUCACCACCAUCAUCCAGAUGACUUGCGAAGGGGGAACGGUGAAAGGUUCGACAGUGACGGGGAAAACGGCAAUCUGGCACUGCAGCUCACCACUUCCUAG